ACAUUGUAAAGUAUUUUGAGGAACAGCGCCCCCACCUGGUUAAAAAGUAACGUCACAAUAUAGCUUUUUUGUUGACGGGGUCACAACAUCGUAUAUUUUGGAAUGUUUUUCAAGUAUUGAUCGUGUGGUGGUUGAACUAAUCGUUAAAAAAAUUUGGUCCGACGAAUGUACACAUUGAACGUGAAUUGGCACACGGGAUUCACGUUACAGGAAGUGACGUUUCAAAAAUAAGGGUCGCGACAGAUUGGUGCGCCUUAGCCAGUUGGAGCUCUACCUGAGAUCACGCGACCAGAAGCGAUGUUACCAAACCAAACCAGUAUGGUCCGAACGUUGACUGUUUGCGGAUAAAUUUAGCAAGGAUACGCACUUCCAAUUGGAUACACAACUUAUUCCAUUCGCGUAUUUGAACUAUCCUUCGUGAAUAUUUCACCGGUUUCUUUUCAAUUAUUCCACCAGUGAUUUGAUCAUUUGCCGCAGUCAUGUUUAAAGUUAUUGGACAAACUCUUUUCUCCAGUGGACUACAGCACCCGGCAUUCACAACCCCCGAGGAGACGAACGUAAACAAGGCUACUGACUAUGAGAUCCGCACCUACGCGCCCACCAAGUGGGUCAGCACCACCCUGACUGGGACAUCUCUGGAUGAAGCCAUGGCGACCGGCUUCCGCAGGUUAUUCAAGUACAUACAAGGCAACAAUGUCAACAAGGUCCAGGUGGAGAUGACGGCCCCUGUGACAGGCCACGUUGACCCAGGUGCCGGCCCCACGUGCGAGUCCCACUUCACAGUGUCCUUCUUCAUCCCGGUGAAGCACCAGGCCAACCCCCCGGAACCGAGCGACCCGGAUGUGUUUGUGGAGCACAGGAAGGAGUUCACAGUGUACGUCAGAACAUACGGGGGGUUCUCCAAUGAGAACCUGAAGAAGGAGGAGCUGCUAAAGCUGGUGGAGAGCCUGAAGAGGGACGGCGUUGAGUUUGUGGACAAGCCGUACUACGUGGCGGGUUACGACAGCCCUUUUAAACUCCUCAACCGCAGGAACGAGUGUUCCACGCCAUCGUCCGCUGGGGUGGAGGCAGCAUGGCCAGAGACAGGAGCAGACCCAUCAAAGCAACCAAGACAGCCGACUCCACUCUCGGCCAGUGUCCAGUCCGCAUGGAUGAGCGAUGAUAUGUCCAAGGAGACUGAGGUGUCCGACACCUGCUCACCCAGCCAAGACACCGCGAAGCCUCUUCGUCCCAGCGCUCUGUGCUAGCUCCGCAGCCCUGUCCCCUCAUCCGCAUCUCCUCCAGUCCCUCCAAACCGACUCCGGUGUGGCAGACACCCAGCAGCUGGUCUCCAUGGCCAAAAGCCUCCCGGGAGGCAGAUCCAGAAGUCCACAAAAAAAGCACCACAGAGGUCACGAAAGUGACACGUCUUGUCACACAGUCCCAAAGGGUCCCGGACCAAAAGGCAAAAAAAUAUAAUAACACAUGAAAACAAGAGGGAAACACAAAAGGAUGAGACAAGAGCACAGCGCUCCUGCCUACAGCAGCCACUACAGCAGCGCCAUCUUGAAAAAACAAACAAAAAAAAAAACAUGUUGCUGGACUAACAAUCGGUUUGUACAUGUUGUUGAAGGUGUCAAAGGCAAUGGCUUCACAGCACACCCUUAUUCUUGUCAUCAGGAUGAACACCAUUGAAUAUUCGCGAGAACGUUAGCGGCUCCCAUUGUCUUCUUUACUCUGUGAAAGGGGUUUAAAUAGCUCUUAGAGUGGUAAAGGUGGCCGACCUCUGAUGUUUUUCAACGGGCGGGCGGUUGCGGUUCUGAUAAAAUGUUGGUUCGGGUGGACGGCGGGUGGAUGACGACUUUGGUGAUGCAGUUGUGGAUGAUAUAAUUGCCUAUCCGCGCAUCUCUAAUAUAUAU